UCCCAUGUCGGGUCCAGAUUGGUUCUGUGUGACUGGUUUUCUGCUCAGGUUCUGUAAGCCGACCCGGUUCUGUGUGACUGGUUUUCUGCUCAGGUUCUGUAAGCCGACCCGGUUCUGUGUGAUUGGUUCAUGGCUGGUUUUCUGCUCAGGUUCUGUAAGCCGACCCGGUUCUCUGUGAUUGGUUCUCUGUGACUGGUUUUCUGCUCAGGUUCUGUAAGCCGACCCGGUUCUGUGUGAUUGGUUCAUGGCUGGUUUUCUGCUCAGGUUCUGUAAGCCGACCCGGUUCUGUGUGAUUGGUUCUCUGUGACUGGUUUUCUGCUCAGAACCGACCCGGUUCUCUGCUUUGAUGCUGAGGCCUGCUUGAGUAAUCUCAGGGUUUAGUGCGGCGCCCCCCGCUGUGGACCAAUCAGCUUACAGAUCAUUAAGUGGAUCAGUGAGGGGUUCUGCAGGCUGAACCGGGUUUACACAACAAAACGGGCUCACUGACUGAUCAUCUCAUCACAGAACCACCGGGUGGUGGAUGUUAGAACCACCAGGAUCCACACGCCAGCGGUUCUGGACUUUGGACCCGUGGUUCUCCAGUUUCUGACGGUACCGCCUCUGUCUGAGUGGCACCAGACAACUGAAGGUGUUCUGAUCCGGUUCCCGGGGUGCAGGUGUCCCACCGGCGCCGGCCUGACAAUCCAACAUGGCCGCCUUGAUUUGGACGGUUUGCGUCCCUUAAAGUCUGUCACCAUAGCAACGUCCAGCCUGCAGCGAAUGGCGUGGUCGGUGAGGGCACCGGCCAAUCGGAUCCCUCUGGUUCUGUGAUCCGGUCCAAUCAGAUCCAGGUCAGAGAAUAAAGUAUAAAAAGUUAUCCAGCUACAUGGCAGGUAGCUAACUGCACCGGUUCCUCUGGGUUCUGUAACGUGGGUCGGCUUUGAUAUCCAGCAGGACAGGCAGAACUCCGGACCGCUCUGGUACCAGAACCUCCACAGAACCUUUCCUUUUAAUAAGCACACGCCUCAUUUUUCUGAUUCUGUUGGGGUGUUCUGCCUUCAUUACUUGCUUCUGUUUGGUUCUGGUUCUGUGGUUCUGUUACCUUAGUGACACUUCUGGACUUUUCUGGUCCAGUUCUUGCCUAGUUUUGGAUCAGGUCUUCCGGCAUGCUUAAAUCUUGUUAAGGUCCACUCUGGUGCCGUUCUGGUGAUAUUUCUGGACCUGGAUGAUGUUCUGAUGCUCUUGUUUUGGCCACUGGAUCCGAUCAGAACUUUUUCCACGGUGGCCGUUAAUCUGGGAUCAGCCGGAUUUGGGGUCUCCGUGAAGACGCUCCGUAAUUAAUCCUGGGAACCGGGUCUGGACCUUUUGUCUGAAGUUAAGCAGAACAGAAAGGUUCUCCAGAACCUUUCUGUUCUGCUCCUUUGGGUUCUGCUCUUUGUUGUUGUGUCCUGAUCCGCUUCGUUGUGACGUCGGCUCUUUGUGUUGUCCUUUCCCAUCUCCUCAUCUCCUUCCCGUUAAUCUCCUUAUCCAAUAAAAGAUGUCUGCUGGGGGGUUCUGGUCUGGACGGGUCCAAUUAUAGAAAACUGAUCGUCUGAGGAGCAGCAGGAACCCCAGUGACCUUUGACCUCCACAGGGUUGUCCAUUAUCUGGUAAUAAAUCCUGAUUCUGACUGAAUCUUGUAACUUCUACCACCUAAACUGCAGGUUUUUAUUCACUUUUUUGUUUCUUUUUAGUUUAGUUUUAGUUUUUUUGGACAAAAUAAUUCAGUGAAACGUUUGAAAGUUUAAAGAUUUUAAGUUUUUGACUCUAAAAAGUCAACAUUUGAUGAGCGUUUUGAGCGUCACUGAGGAAAACAGCAGCCAUUUAGGGCCUAAAUGUGUUUAAACCUGAAGGAUUUAUAGAAAGUAUCCCUGGUCUGCAGUGCUGGUCGUCUCCAGAACACGGGUCUGGGCCGGUUUCUGUGAGCCGGGUUCUGUGAGCCGGGUUCUGUGAGCCCGGUUCUGUGAGCCCGGUCCGUCUGCCUCGGCGCUGUGACACUCAUCCAGACCAGCAGCAGCUUAACAAAUGGGAUUAAAGUGGCGAGGCAGAAAUCUCCCGCUGCAGCAGCAAAGUCCCAUCUGCUCACCUGCCGCCGCGCCGCCCAGCCAGGUUCUGUUAGUUCUGCCAUGAGCCCGGGAGGAGGUCCGAGCUGAGGAGCACCGGCGACCCGUUUCAAGGAGAAAUGUCCGGGAAGCGGCUGGUGCUGUGGACGCUGUGGGCCGGGCUGCUGGCCGGGCUGCUGUGCACCGAGACGGAUUCAGGGCGGGACCUGGCGCUGGGUGUGGACCGGAUGGCCGGAUCCUUGGAUUCGGACCGGCUCUCCUUCAGAAAACACUCGGUUCUGAUCCGCAGGAGGAGGAACGUGCUGUUUCCCAGCGGGGUGAAGCUCUGCUCCCAGGAGACGUUCGACCAGGCCGUCCAGCACCACCUGAACUUCUUCCACCUCAGAGUGUGCCAGGAGACCGUGUGGGAGGCCUUCAAGAUCUUCUGGGACCGGCUCCCGGACCGGGACGAGUACCAGGCCUGGGUGAACCGCUGCAUUGACGGCUCCGUCAGUAUCCAGGACAUCGGCAGCUUCUUCAGCCAAUCAGAGGAGCACCGGAGCCUCGUCAGGAGUAGGGUGACCAUGGCUGCGGCGAUGAACAGCGCCUCCGUCUCCUCAGGCUCUCCUCCAUGCAGGUCGGAACCACCUGUCCAGACAGAAGAACCUGCAGUAUCGGGCCUACCAGGAGACAACAGCGCUGUCAUUGGAUCAGAAGCUAUUACAGUCCGUAAGGAGGAGCUUUCUCCCGGCUUUGGAGUCACCUCUGGGACUCCUCCACCCUCUGCUACUGAAGCUCCACCUAAGGAGACGUUCCUACCUGGGAAUCUAACCUCUGACCUGGCUGCUGACCCCGUGCCAGAAGACUCUAAUGAUAUCCAGGAGACCGUGGCCAGCGUUGCUUCACAGAGUCCGGCUGAGGACAUCAGAGACGUCAACGCUUUAAACGAUGGAGCCACUUCAGAGCAGACCACAGAGAUGACCACAGCUGGUCACCAUGUUCCCCACCAGCAUGUUGGCACCACAGAUCAGGAGGCUGCCACUGGUUCAGACGGAGCAAAAGACAAAGAAGAGCUUCUAGAACAUGGAGAAAUCCUAGAAACGAUUACUGAAGAGUUGACCAGCCUGCAUGUAGCAGAUCCAGAGGAUGAGGAACCUGCAGCUCCAGGGAUGCCUCCACAGCCCACCGUCUUCCCUGCUGCAGAGACCUUCACUCAGGAGGACGCAGAGGACCAUCUACCUCCAGGAGUGACUCCAGCAGUAGCUGAGGAGGUCCAGACAGAAGACAGGCCUGGAACGACUGCUACAAGUUCUCUCAGGCCAGGACAGGAGGACAUCUUUGAGAACUCUUUAGAUGCUGUCCCUGGUGUCACUGAGGCGGGACAAGAACCUGCUGUUGAAGCUGAAAGUCCUUCUAAAGGCGAGGUAGAUGUUCCUUCAGAGGCAGCUGUAGAGGUGGGCCAAGAUGAGACAAGGGUCCCCACAGAGACACCCACUGUGGUUCUGACGGUGGAACCUGAAGAGGAGACGGAAAUCAACACCAAUGAGAUUCCAGAACCAGAAUCCAACGCAGAUGGUUCUUCUCCAGCCUCCAUCCUGGUAACCACCUCCCAGACGAUGGCUGAAGUAGGAGAAGACCCUGAGAUGACCAUCAAACCGUUCCUUAUUCCAGAAGGAGAUGAAGAUGCUAUUCAGGAGAUCCCAACAAUGGGAACCAUGACGACAGAGAAAACCGGCAGAGAACAUCCUGUUCCUGUUUCUACAGCAGAGCCAGAGGAGGUGAUGGAGGUCACACAUGAAGAAGAUCAGAUGGCUGAAGGUGCAACAGAGCCUGGUGCUGAAAAAGAACCGGCUCCACCAGAAGAAACCACCAUCAACCCAGACUGGGCAGCACACUCAGAGGAACAUCAGAACAAGACGCAAGAUCAGGUGGAACCACCAGAAGAGAAGAUCAUUGAAGAAGAAUCGGUGAGAGGCGGAGCAGAAUCAGAAGGUGCCGCUAUUAAAGCUGCAGGAGGUUCUGGUGAAGAUGGAUAUACACCUACAGAACCCACAGAGAAUAACGAACUCAAAACUGUAGAGGAACUAGAACUCACAGCAACAACCACACAUGAACCAGAACCUUUAGGAGAUGCAGUUUUAGCAGGAGUACCUCCCAGAACCGAUGCUGCGGAACCAGAAAAUGUAGAAGAAACACUCAAAGGAACAGAGCUUAAAACGGAACCAAGAGAUGACACAGAACCCACAGUAGACAUGACCGGUGAGAAACCGGCACAUGAAGUAGAACUUCAGUUAGUAACUGCUGAAGAACCUCAACCUUCAACAGGACCGACAGCAGAGAUAAAUUCUCCUGAAGGAACUACAGAAAAGCCGUCAACGGAACCGGCAACGAGAAAGGCAGAAGCUAGGGAAGAAAGGCCAAAACCCACUGCAGAACCUGAAACCUUUGGAGAACCAGUCCAAGAAAUAAACCCCACUGUAGACAUCACACAAGAACCAGAACCAACCACUAAACCAGAACAAGAGACGGAACCUUCUCCAAAAAUAGAGAUCACAGACAAAACGAUCGAAGCCAAUUCAUCAGAACCCACGACACAAGCAGAACCGUUCCCAGAGCUCAGAACAGAACCAGCACAAGAAACAGAUGCUGGAAUGAAACCAGCAGAAGAAGCAAAAGCUGGCGGAGAACUAGAACAGGAACCCGGACCCACCUUGAAACCAAAUCCCUCUACAGAAUUAACAGAACCAAGCACUGUACCGACACAAGAAACUAAACAAGAAACAACGGAUGAAGCAAACUCAUCAGAACCCACAGCAGAACCAGAACAAGUUCCACAACCCACCAAAGAACCAUCACAUGAAACGGAUCCCAUCAUAAAUCAAGAGAAAGAAGAGUCUACUAGAGGACGGGAAGAAGUAAAACAUGUGGGAGAACCAGAAAAACCAGACCAAGAACCCAGACAGACUAAAGAACCAACACAAGAAACACAGCAAACCAUGAAACCCACAGAAGGAACAACCAAAGAUGGAAGAACUCAACCCACAGGAGAUCCAGCACAAUCAACAGAUUCCCCCCCAGAGACGGCACAGCCCACCAUAGAACCUGCUCAAGAAGCUGAGGCUGCAGAAGAUCAACCUAGAACCUUUGAAGAACCAACACAAGGUUCCUUACACAUAGAAAAAACUGGCCAAGAAGUGGAACUCAUCAAAGAAUCAUCGCAUGAAACCGAAGGAAUGAUUAGACCAGCUCAAGAAAUGGAACAAACAGAACCACCAACUAAAACAGAACCUACAGGAGAACCAGGCCCCAAAACAGAAACCACUGAAGAACCUCUACAGGAAAUAAAACUUCAACAAGACAUCGCCCCCAAACAGCCUGCUCUGGUACCAGAACCCAGAACAGAACCAACUGUUAUUAAAGAGCCUUCUGAAGAGGCAACAAAAGAACCACAGCCUACAACUGCACAGCAACCUACACCUGCUGGAGAACCAACAGAAGAAUUAGAACCUCCAACUAGAGCAGGUUAUAAGAAAGAACCUACAAGACCGCAAGAAACAGAACCAGCUAAAGAUCCAAGACUUCAUGGAGAACCAUCACCUGGAGUGGAAGCAGUUACAGAACCCCCCAAAGAGGCCCAAACAAUAGUGGAACAACCUAGGAGGAACCCAGAACCUACAAGACAACCAGGACCAGGUGACUCCGUUGGACCUGGACCUCCAACAUUUUCAGAUACAAAGCAAGAAGCAGCAGCUGGGGAACCGUCUAAGGAGCAGGAGGGCAGAACCUCUGAAACGUCAGAUGAAGGAACAACAGAUGUUCCACAGGAGUCGUUAGUACCACAGGCUCCUGUAACUGUUGAAGGUUCAGAACGCCCCAAAGAACAACUGCCUGUGACUGAGUUGGAGGGAACUAUUGUAGAAGAUGCGUCUACUGGAUCUCCACACGGUUCUGAGGCUGACAUUCCACCCCAAACCAUCAAAGGAACUACUUCCCCUGUGGUGGAACCAGCAACCAAGGUGGUAGAAUUGGUUCCUGAAGAUGAAGAUGCCAGCAAAACAUCUCCAGAAGUUGUGACCACAGUGCUACCAUGGACCAUAUCAGAACCAGACUCUCUCCAGACCGUCCUCCCUGAAGAACCCACAGAGAAUGGUUCCCUGGCAGUUCUCCCAUCAGAAGAUUUCAUGACAGAGGCUCCUUUACAGGUUGCACCUGGUUCCCCCGGUGAAACAGACGUAGAAGAAGCUAGACGAGGAACAUCAACAGUAAGUCCCACUGAGGAGGCCCCUGGAGGUUCCACUGCUAAGUAUGUGGUGGAAACCAACAACGGCAACUUCCCGGAUCUAGCAGUGCAUCCCUAUGAGGAGGAAGAAGAAGACAACUUGCUGGGAAACAACGGCUUUGUGGGGGAGGCUGAGGAGGAGAACUCGAUCGGUAAUGAGAUAGACGAGACGCUGCUGCGGCCCCCACGGCCCCUGAGGGACCACGUGGUGGAGCUGCGCAUCAAGCUGAAAGGAGAGACCUACAACGACGCUCUGAGAGACCCGGGCAGCUUAGAGUACCAGCAGCUGGCCCGACACUUCAAACGCAAGGUGGAAGACGCCUUUGAGAGGCUGCCAGGCUUCAAGAGCGUUGACAUCAUUGAAUUCAGGCCUCAGAAGGACCUGCAGAGGGGUCUGGUGGUCCAGGUGCACUAUGCUGUCAUCCUGGAGCUGGAGGUGGACAGCGGUGGCAUCUCCGCCGACACGCGGGACUUCAUCACUCUGCAGAACAACCUGGUGGAGAGGAGCUAUCUUGGAGCUGCUGAGGAGCCCACGGUCAUCUACACAAUCACUGAUUUCCGUAACUUCAUCACUGAGGCGCUGCACAAAGACAACUUCCUGACCAACAGCAGCCUGGACAUCCUAGACAACGCAGGGAACGUGCUGCCUUCUGUGAAACCUACGAGUAAACCGGCUGAUACCUACGAGAACAUGGACAACAUCCUGGCUGCAGAGAAGCCUCCUGAUGCUCCGGUCCGUGAGGAGGACACCAGCAACGUCUUCCUGAAGAAGGAGGACUUCCUGUUUGAUACCUUGGAGCAGGUUAAAGGUCCCCAGGGGGCGGUGGUGAGUGAGAAUGACGUCUUCUUAUUCGACGAAAGCACAACAGCGCCACCGCCGGCCCAAGUCCAGGAGCAGACGGUGGACCUGGAGCCGGUGACUGACUACAAUGGUGAAAACAUUGAAGAAGAGGAGUUCCUCCUCACCAUCUCUCCCAACGCCCUGGAGGAUCAGCAGACCCUCGGUCCUGAUGCUUCCCCUGCACCCAGCGCCCCCCCCUCAGCUCCAAACCCCGCUGAGCACACUCUGGAUCAUGGAUCUGGUUCUGGUUUCUCUGGAGAUGCUCAGGAUUCUUAUCUCUGGACGUCAGAAACCUCUGAGGUGAGUCUGGACAGUGGCGUCAGCGGCCAUGAAGUUCUGCCACCACCGGACCUGGAGAUGGACACGGAUGAUGACGCGGCCGCCGUGGAACCACCGACCCCUGAAGAUCUAUCUGUAGAGGGAGCAGAACCUCCUGUGCGUUUCCAGCAGACAACCCCAGGUUCUGAAGAACCUCCUUCAGAUAAACACGCAGAGAGACCUCCCCAGGGUGAGGUUCUAGUGACGCCACCCAGCACAGGCUGGACCACGGCUCAGGCGUUCCUCCCUUCAGCUCAGGAACCCAUGACAGUAGACCUUUCCAUCCACACAGAGGAAGCGUCUGGAUUCCACGAGGACGACGCUGGGAUUGAACCACAGACCUCAGCGGUGCCGGCUACCGCUGCUCCAGAACCCAGACUCUGGACUGCAGCUGGUCCUGGCAUCAGGAAUCCACCGUCCACCGAGGAGGUGGAGCUUCUCCCUGGCAGGGACUCAGAGGAGGUGGUGGGGACCGCCGUCCCAACAGACCAUAGACCAACGGGGCUGAAUGAAGGAGGUGUUGAAGGGCCUGAUUGGCUGAAAGUCCAAACCAAAGCUCCACCAGCUGUGGACCUGGUUGAAGCACAGACCGUCACAGUGGGGGAACCCCGGGUGGAAGCAGCACCACCUGCGGUCCCGGCUGAAGCUCCUGAGCCGCCUCUGGCAGAAACCACAGCAUCUAACCAGAUUGAGGUUCUGGAGGAGCAGCAUUUAGAGCCCAGGCUCUCCACCACUGCAGCGCCCACCGCUCAGCGCCUGGACCAUGACCUGCUGGUAGAUGAAGUCUUCGCUGUCACCACGACCACAGCGCCUCCAGACCCAACAGCAGCGGUGGCCUCAGAACCCAUCAUCAGCAUCGCACUCUCACCUGAGAAGGACUCGCCGUUCACCCGGGUGUCUGACUCAGCGCCAGACGAUGAGGACCUCUUCAACCAUGAUGAGGUCACUGAGGUGUCCACAGACUCUCCUCCUGCAGAGCCCACACCAGAAAAGGCUCCAUCUGAUUCUGGAGAUGGGUCUCCAGCUGCUCCAGCAGCUGACCAACAUCUGGACACAACCCCAGAGGUGUCAGGAGCUAAAGCAGGACCUUCAGAGGAAGCAAGACCCCCGUCAACAGGGCCUGAAACUUUGGGAGAAGAAGCUGUGAAACCCUUGGAUACGGAAGUAGAACCUUCUGGAUGGGAGGGCAAAGCAGAAGUGCUAGAAGCUGGAACAGAAACUGAGAUUCUGGAGGAUGCUGAAGCUUUAGAAGCUGAUGUCAGACCUCAUGGAGCUGGAAGCGACACAGAACCCUCAGAAAUAGACUCUGAAACUCUGAGUGUGAAAGCUGAAGCUUCUGGUGGACAAAGGUUAGCUCCUCAAGAUAACUCAGACCCUUUAGGACGGGGAGAACAACCUUCAGGAACCAGAAGAGAGGCUGAAUCUCCAAAAGAGGAAAGUCAACACUCCCCUGUGGAAGUUAACCCUCCAGGGCAGGAGUUGGAGAUCUCUAGACCUGAAGUUGAACCUUCUGGAGUACCAGAAGAACGUUCUGAAGGAGAAGAAGCUUUAGGGAAAGUCCAACCUCCAGAAGGUAAAAUAGUCGGACCUGUUGGAGAAGCAGUGGAAACUUCAGAAAGAAACAUAGACUCGUCUGCAAGAGAAGCAGAACCUUCAGGAGACACGCCGUCAGCUUCAGAGGGUAGAACCCACCUUCCUGGAAAAGACUUAGAACCUUCAGGACAGGGAACUGCGCCCCCAGUAGAACACGUAGCAUCUUCUGCAGGAAGAUUAGAGCCACCUGGAGAGGAGCUAAGGACACCUCCUGGAGGAGAAGUAGAGCCUUCACAGGAGGACGGAGAACGUUCUGGACCUUCACACGGGAAGAUUGAGACAGAACCUUCCAGAGGAGAAGUAGAGCCUUCACAGGAGGACGGAGAACGUUCUGGACAGGAAGUAGAGCCUUCACAGGAGGACGGAGAACGUUCUGGACAGGAAGUAGAGCCUUCAGAGGAGGAAGGAGAACGUUCUGGACAGAAAGUAGAGCCUUCAGAGGAGGAAGGAGAACGUUCUGGACAGGAAGUAGAGCCUUCAGAGGAGGAAGGAGAACGUUCUGGACAGGAAGUAGAGCCUUCAGAGGAGGAAGGAGAACGUUCUGAACAGGAAGUAGAGCCUUCACACGGGACGAUAGAGACAGAACCUUCCAGAGGAGAAGUAGAGCCUUCAGAGGAGGAAGGAGAACGUUUUGGACAGGAAGUAGAGCCUUCAGAGGAGGAAGGAGAACGUUCUGGACAGGAAGUAGAGCCUUCAGAGGAGGAAGGAGAACGUUCUGGACCUUCACAUGGGAAGAUAGAGACAGAACCUUCCAGAGAAGAAGUAGAGCCUUCACAGGAGGAAGGAGAACGCUCUGGACAGGAAGUAGAGCCUUCACAGGAGGAAGGAGAACGUUCUGGACAGGAAGUAGAGCCUUCACAGGAGGAAGGAGAACGUUCUGGACAGGAAGUAGAGCCUUCAGAGGAGGAAGGAGAACGUUCUGGACAGGAAGUCGAGCCUUCACAGGAGGAAGGAGAACAGGAAGUAGAGCCUUCAGAGGAGGAAGGAGAACAGGAAGUCGAGCCUUCACACGGGACGAUAGAGACAGAACCUUCCAGAGGAGAAGUAGUGAGCCGUAUCCCUCCAUCUUCUCCUCCCUCUCAGCCCAAAGCUAACAGAAGUUCUUCUGCGGUUGAAGUCCAGCCGUCUGAGCACGGCUUCUCCGACCUGCCCAGUAUCGACGUCAGCUUUGAUCUGUUCCACUAUGGAACCGGGGAGGCUGACGGGGAAAGCAGCGGCUUCUCCAGCGAAGCCCAGGGCUCAGACCUGGGAGCUCUGGCUCUACCGGCCCGGCCGGGCAGAGCUCUGACCGUUUUCUUCAGCCUGAGGGUGACCAACAUGGCGUUCUCCAUGAACCUCUUCAACAAGAGCUCCUCGGAGUACCAAGCUCUGGAGCAACGCUUCCUGCAACUGCUUGUCCCUUACCUCCAGUCCAAUCUGAACAACUUCCAGAACCUGGAGAUCCUCAACUUCAGAAACGGCAGCAUCGUCAUCAACAGCAGAAUGCGCUUCGGCAAACCGGUUCCCCAGGAGGUCACCAACAUCAUCUACCUGAUCCUGGAGGACUUUGCUACCACCGCCUACCAGACCAUGAACCUGGCCAUCGACAAGUACUCCCUGGACGUUGAGUCAGGUGAGCGGGCGGAUCCCUGUAAGUUCCAGGCCUGCAACGAGUUCUCCAGGUGUAUGGUGAACCAGUGGUCAGGUGAAGCUGAGUGCGUGUGUGACGCAGGCUACCUGAGCAUCGACGGCCUUCCAUGUCAGAGCAUCUGUGACGUUCAGCAGGACUUCUGCCUCAACGACGGCAAAUGUGACAUCAUUCCUGGCAAGGGCGCCAUCUGCAGGUGUCGUGUUGGGGAGAACUGGUGGUACCGUGGUGAGCACUGUGAAGAAUACGUCUCUGAGCCGUUGGUGGUAGGCAUCGCCAUCGCCUCGGUGGCUGGCUUCCUCCUGGUGGCUGGUGGGAUCAUCUUUUUCCUGGCAAGAACGCUGAGAGAGCAAUAUGACGGUGAAGACACAGAGGACCCGCUGAGACGGCACGAGAGUCUUCCAACUUUGGAACGAGCCACAAAGUUCAACCCAAUGUUUGAGAGCGACCCGGUCACUUCUCAGUACUACCGCCGCUAUGACUCCACCCUACCCCAGUACUGCUGUAACGAGCGGAGCAGUGAGGAAAUACUGAGCCUCUGCCAGAACACCACCCUCACCAAAGAGGAGAUCCAGGAGCGUCUCAGAAUAAUCGAGUUGUGCUCCAGAGAUCAGCGCUUUGCAGACUUUGUCCGGCAGACCCAAGUGUUCCUGGAGAGGAGAGGGAGUUCCACCACGUAGCCUCCAGGCAGCCGGACUCCUCAGGAACCAGCCUCUGUCUUUAACUGGAGCAGCAACACUAGUCUACCCUGGUGCUGACGCUGCCGGCUGAAGGGGAGCUGAAAGGGUCCAGAGGCUGACGGAUGCUGGAGUUUUUUUUUUUCAAAGACCCUUUUUUCCUUUUGGUCUUGAAGUGGACUCUGAUUUUUGAUGUUGUUCUGUGUUUUUGUAUCCGGAGGAAGACUUUCAUUCCUGAGUACCUCUGUCUUACACGUUCUGCCAGAUCUUCUCUGCGGCUUGGAUUUAAGGGUUUCUGGGUGACUUCCUGGUCACCACUUUGGUCAUGCAUCUGGUGGGCUUCUCUGUGGCGUUCUCCUGGACAGGCGUGACCAGCAGCGUUCCUAUCCCUGGUGCCUUCACUGCUCCGUCAGUUCUCCUGGGAUGUGACUCGGAGCCCUUGGUCUAAAGUGACUGUGACAUAAACCAACAAACAUCCUGGACCUCCUGCUUUUUCUACUGCUUUCUCAUCAUGUUUACAUUUCUGUGUCAGGGCUAGAUCUUUACUCUGACUGCGUGAAACCACGAGGAUGUGUAGUUUGUGUUCUCUUUCCCCUAGAGCCACUCACCCCCAACCUCCUCCUUCAGUGUUUAUUUCUUUUGGUCUGCACGUCUGAAUCUGCAGAGCAAAUGUUUGUCCAAGAGACAACUCUUCCUGACACGAGUUUCACUCUCCGAGAUCCUCCUGGUUCUGAGAGGGAACGGCUGCUGAUAGGUAGAAGUUCUGGUACCAGAGCAGAACACCAGGCAGACCUUGCAUCCAUGGCUCACCUCUAAUCAAGCUAGCUUAAAGCUGCUAACCAGUUGAUCUGGUCCCUAAAAUCUGCCGACUGGUUCAAGGAAUGUUCCGGCUUGUCCCUGUGAGCUUCCAUCGUUCCUUCUGGUUCUAAAGAGGUUCCCCCGUCUCUAACCACGGUUUAACAAGCAGCCGCCAUGUUCCAGCCAUAGACUACCCUCCUACAGCUGCACUGUUGGGACUAACCAUCUGCUUCAUGCUAGGUACUACCCAGGUUCUCAUGAGGUUCUGAAGAUGUUCUAAGUCAGUCUACCAGCGGACAAACUGGUUCUAGCUACAUACAUUGUCAUCUUUUUCAAGUUAUCUGGCCUCAACAUGGUGUAAGGUCUAGGUCAAGCAAAGGUAAUUUAUUCAGAUCAAACACUGCAUACUUCUCUGGUUCCAUCUUGGUUCUAACAGCUUCUCUGGUUCCAUCGUGGUUCUAUCAGCUUCUCUGGUUCCAGCAUGGUUCUAUCAGCUUCUCUGGUUCUGACGUGGUUCUAUCAGCUUCUCUGGUUCCAUCGUGGUUCUAACAGCUUCUCUGGUUCCAGCGUGGUUCUAUCAGCUUCUCUGGUUCUAUUGUGGUUCUAUCAGCUUCUCUGGUUCCAUCAUGGUUCUAUCAGCUUUUCUGGUUCCAUCAUGGUUCUAUCAGCCUUUCUGGUUCCAUCAUAGUUCUAUCAGCUUCUCUGGUUCCAUCGUAGUUCUAUCAGCUUCUCUGGUUCCAUCGUGGUUCUAACAGCUUCUCUGGUUCCAUCAUGGUUCUAUCAGCUUCUCUGGUUCCAUCGUGGUUCUAACAGCUUCUCUGGUUCCAGCGUGGUUCUAUCAGCUUCUCUGGUUCCAGCAUGGGUCUUAAUCUCUGAUGUACUUAUGGUUUCCAAGAAGUAUGUGGUUCUGUAGAGUACUAACUAAAAUAGAAGCUUUCAGGGUUCUCAAAUGAACCACUGGGUUCCAGCAAAGAAAUAGCCUGUAAACGUAGUACCUAGUUCUUGCUAAUUGAUCAGCUUUCAUUCAGGUACCACCCGGUUCCAGGGAUCCAUCUUAGUUUAAACUGGGUACAGACUAUUUCCAGCAAGGUUCUAUGUACGCCACUGAUCCUAUUAAUUCCUGAGGUUCUCAUCCGACUGGUUUUCUCACAAAGUGGUACUUCUUCAUUCUCAGAACAUGGUAAUACAAUAAGAUGGGGACUAAGUAUGGAGGUAUUUCCUAGAACCAGCAGAACCUCUACCUGAGGUACCUCAGACAAUGUACUAAUGGAGACCAGGAAGGUUCUAACACGUAGUUCCUGCUCUGCUUAUCAUGAUGGUUAAAAGAGACGUUCCUACUCUGAAUCUGGAUUUCCAGGAUCUCCAGUUUUAUGACGCUGAUAAUAAAAGUUCAGUCCAGGAAUUGUUUCCACUUUUACGUUCUUGAAGUUGUUGGUUCUGCUGAAAGCUAAUGCUGUUCUGUGUAAGUUCUGUCCGGUGUGUUUUGAUGUUGUUGUGUUUCUUAGUAAUUGUCUCAUUAACUGCAUCCCUUCCUGAAUUUCUCGUUCUGGUCCACAGACGGUUUUAAUCAUGUUCUCCUUCCUGUUCCGUCUGUAUCGUGUGUUUUUAUCCCCUCUUAGUGCACAGACUGAAACUUUAACACAAGUGUGCCACGUCACACUUUUCUAAAAUAAAAUGCUGACAUUUUUUACACUCA